AGGUGGCUGGACAACAAGACGAACUGGUUCUUCGAGAAUGGUACAGAUCAUCCUGACUACGGCUCUCCCAGGCUGUGUGGCAAGCUACUGGGGCCAGGGUGUGUCCUGAGGGGUACGGAUGCCUGCCUGACGUAGGUGAUAAUCCCAACUUCGGCUACACCAACUUCGACAACUUCCUGUGGUCAAUGCUCACCACCUUCCAACUCAUUACACUUGACUUCUGGGAGGACGUCUACAACAAGGUGAUCGCCACGGGAGGACCGCUGCAGGUAGUGUUCUUCGCCAUUGUGGUGUUCUUUGGUUCCUUCUACCUGAUCAACCUGAUGCUGGCUGUAGUGGCGAUGAGUUACGAGGAGGAGGCCGAGAACACUGAGGAGGAGAAGACGAAGGACCUCAUGGACCAUCGGGACGACUCCACCUUCAGUUUCGACCCGGAGAAGCUGACCCACGCGCGGCCCCUGGAGAAGAAGAAGCCAAAGAACAGACGUGUGAUCGUGAUGCGCGGCGCCGGGAUCCUCACUGACAAGUUCUCCAAGAGGAAGAAGAAGAAGGAGGAGAAGGAAGGUAAGGCCGGGGAGCCCCUCGUCCGACGACACCAUCAGGGAACCUGCGGCGCCCCCAACCCACCACGGCUGGGGGGGUCUCAGCUGGGGGGGUCUGAGGGCCUCCAGUCGCUCUCUCGGCCCGCCUCUCUCGUCAUCACUCCACCGCCCUGCCCCCUGCCCAGGCCCACCCGCCCCACUCUUCGUCCCUGGGGCGCUGCCAAGGCCUGGCCGCCCCGAGAGAAGGUGGGACGGGUGGGUCUUCGUCGUGUGACCCUUGCUCUGCCGCCUCCACCCGCUGCUGACCGUCACUGCCACUCCCGGCAGCAGCAGCAGCAGGCAGCGACCUCACCUCCGCCUGGCCAAUAA